ACCAUUGUUCGUCGGUUUGUACACUUCGGACUUUACUAGACCGACGCACAACAGUUUCCUCACGCUGUAUGCUGGAUAUUAGCUGGCAGAAUAGACUUGUGUGUAAUUUAAAUUAACUGUAUUUAUAAAUUGGACGAUAUUUUAUUUUCAUGUAUUAGAUUUUAAAUGUGUUUGCUAGCCAGUGACUACCUGCGUCACAAACUGUUACAUUAGCUGUUAGCUUACUAGCAGGGUCAGUAUUUAGCUAAUUCCACUGAGAAAGCAGGCUGCAGAAACUGCUCACUGUUGCAAAGUGAAACAGGUCAGAAAGAUACAAUUAAGUCCAAUAAAAAAGAUAAAAGGAUUGGAGAAAGCCUGCAAAGGUGUGAUGGAAAACACUGAAAAAGAGGAAAAUGUCGAAAAGACAGCUGUAGCAGUAAAGGGUGUAGCGUCCAUCAAACAUGAGUUUCUUACCAGCAAAGAAAAGUUUCAUGAGUUUGUAGAUUCUGAGUGGCAAGCCAGAAACAAAGAGAAGGUCUCUGAAGAUGACAAAGUUGAGGUGACAAAGGACACAUCUGUUGAAGAACCUGAAGCUAAAAAAUUCAAACAUGAGUCUGAGGAAACAAAUAAACCAGGAAAACCUGAGGGUAAACGUCGGGGGCAGAAUAAGUCGAGACCUCACACCAAGUUUUCUGAGUAUGAUGAAAAGCGCCUGUGUGUCUCAGUCAUUCAGGGCAGGGAAUGCUCCUACGGAGCUAAGUGCCGCUUUCACCAUGACAAUGCUGAGUACUUGGCCACCAAGCCUGCUGAUAUCGGAGAAAGCUGCUACCUCUAUGACACAUUUGGAAAGUGUACUUAUGGUCUCUCCUGCAGGUUUGCCAAGGCUCACACAACACCCGACUUCAACACCACAGAGAACGCUGAACUUAUUAAGACCUACGAGGGCAGGACUCCUGUGAAGAACAGCUUGAGUAGAGACCUCCAGUAUCGUCUGAGGAAGCACUCAGUGCCCUUCAAGAAGUCAGACGAGUAUCUGAAAACUCUUUCGAAGAGCAAAGAAAAAACAGAACAGCAGGCGAAUGGUGUCACUCCUGUCGUGGAAACACCAGCCGAUCCUACAGAAGGGGAGCAGAAUGUAUCUAUUGAACCAGGAUCUGAGGCCAGCCCAGAUAAACAGCCCCCAGUGAGGACCAUCGGUCCACUGACUGAUUUGGAUGUCAUCAAGUUGCGCCCAUGUGAAAAGAAACAGGUGGAUUUUCAAGACAAGCUCUACCUUGCUCCUCUAACAACUUGUGGAAAUCUGCCUUUCCGUCGUGUGUGUAAGCGCUUCGGAGCAGACAUCACGUGUGGGGAGAUGGCCAUGUGCACGAACCUGCUGCAGGGGCAGCAGUCAGAGUGGGCGCUUCUGAAACGGCAUGAAAGUGAAGACGUUUUUGGGGUCCAGGUGGAGGGCUGCUUCCCCGACACUAUGACGAAAUGUGCAGAGCUCAUCAACAACAACACUGAGGUCGACUUUGUGGACAUCAACUCUGGGUGUCCCAUUGAUCUCGUUUACAAGAAGGGCGGAGGCUGUGGUUUGAUGACACGUACCAGAAAGUUUGAACAGAUAAUCAAGGGAAUGAACCAUGUCCUUGAUGUGCCUUUGACAGUCAAGAUCCGCACUGGUGUUCAGGAAAAGUGCAACAUCGCACACAAACUCAUCCCUGAGAUGAAGCAGUGGGGUGUCUCAAUGGUCACAUUGCAUGGCCGAUCCAGAGAGCAGCGCUACACCAAGUUAGCAGACUGGGAUUACAUCACCACCUGCUCCAAGCUGGCCAGUCCUGUCCCACUUUUUGGUAAUGGAGACAUUCUGUCCUACGAAGACGCCAUGAAAGCCAAAGAGACUGGAGUCUCUGGUAUUAUGAUUGCAAGAGGGGCUCUCAUAAAACCAUGGAUCUUCACUGAAAUAAAGGAGAGCAGACACUGGGACAUCUCAUCCAGCGAGCGACUGGACAUGCUCAGGGAUUUCACCAACUUUGGUAUGGAGCACUGGGGCUCUGACACUCGAGGUGUAGAGAAGACUCGCAAGUUCAUGCUAGAGUGGCUGUCCUUCAUGUGCAGAUAUGUUCCUGUUGGUCUGUUGGAGCGAGUCCCUCAGAAGAUCAAUGAGCGCCCUCCAUACUACAUGGGCAGAAACUACCUGGAGUCACUGAUGGCCAGUCAACACGUUGGGGAUUGGGUCAGGAUUAGUGAAAUGCUUCUUGGACCUGUGCCGAAAAACUUCAACUUUUUACCCAAACAUAAAGCCAAUGCCUACAAGUGAUUGUUCCGAUUACCAACAUUUUUUUGUGUGAUUGACGUUUUUUCUUAGCUGUUGGGAAUAUGAAAAUGGAAAGAAAAUAUUUUGUCCUGUGGUGCUCAAGUAAACCACUUGUGUGUUUAUGUACUUGAAACAUAUGCAAUAAAUUCUUUGGCCGCACAAAGAA